AUGGAUUUGUUUUCUCGCCAUUUUGGCUGUCAGCGUUGUCGCUGCGAGAGCAUCACCAAAGCCCGGGUAACAUGCAUGCUCCCCGAUGCGGUUACCCGGCCGGCCACCCGGCUCCCAGCCCAACCCAGCUCAACCAAAGCUAGGUGUAGUCCAAGUUUUCAAUACGGUUCUGGAAUGCUGCAUGCUAGUCUAGAACCGGUGGAGGCACCCAGAUCUCUGCCCCGCAGCCGUAAUCGUCGCCCAGAUCGUUGGACAAAGCACAACAGCACCGGCUGUGGUGUGGCCCUCGAGGACGGCCUCAAGUGGCCCACAUCUACGAACAAGAACACUUGCGAUGCGCUGGGCAUCGCAGCGCUGCCGCCAACGGCGGACGGGGUGGCAGACAGCCUGCUGGUGCUGGCACACCGGCAAGCUGCACGGCGAGGCUGCCCGGCGGAGAGGUGCGGAGGGGCAGCAGAAGACGGGUAA